AGGGCUGGUUCAUGCUCUAACCUGGAGGCUGGACGGAGCAUUUCCAGAACUCUGAUUGGCCACUGAUCUGUCUACGUCACUCGGAUGCGUCUCCUCUGAUUGGUCACCGAUCUGACUGAGUCUCCUCUGAUUGGUCGAAAGGAGCAAAGCGCUCCGAUUUUCCCCGAGCGUCCUUCCGGUUUAUGUGUUGGUAGAAAAAGACACGAAUGGAAAAAACAAUACUUGUGAUCCCCGGACCGUCUACUGCCUAGUUAUUUAGUGAUACGGUCAGGAACAGUUGAAAUGAGCUCGCAGCAAUUCCCCAGACACGGGCUGCCUGCGUCCAGCGGGGGGACCCCCCAGAUCCCUGCUGCCACCAACCUGCUGCCCGUCAACCAGCCACCAAAUGCUCCUGGUGGUGCAGAUGGAGAGGGCAGUCGUGAUGCUGAUCAUAGUCAGCAGGACCAUCCACCUGUGGGAGGGGGGGCGACUUUGGCGUUCAGAGAUGACAAACAGGAGACCAUGGUGGUCAGACCUUACCCACAAGUACAGACGCACGGGCAGCCGCAAGCUGCUCCCCAGACCGUGUCCAUACAGCCUGGGACAUCUGUGACCGUACCUACACCCUCUGUCCACCUCCCCCAGGGCCAGCCUGCAGUCCUCACCGAGGGACAAAUGAAGGCUGUCUUGAAGUCCCCAAUGCCAAGUCGUCUUAUUGCUCCUGCACCAGCUUCUAACCAGAGUCAUAUUCCCAUUCCUCCCAAGGUGCCUAGUCACAUUACUGUCACUUUAGAGAGUAGUAUUGCUCCCUCCCCCUCAAUCCCCGUGGCAACCAUCAGUGGUCAGCAGGGUCACUCCAGCAACCUGCAUCAUCUGAUGCCGGCUAAUAUUCAGAUCAUUAGGGGCCAAAUUGGUGCCCCAGCGGUCCCUCCCCAGACCUUCACGUCUCAUUUACCUCGAGGGGCUGCAGCAGCAGCUGUUAUGUCCAGCUCCAAAACUGUGUUGCGGCCAGCUACCGGAGCAAGUGCAGGUCCUGGCCAGCCCACAGUGCAGCACAUCAUUCACCAGACUAUUCAGUCCCGUCCUGCUGUAACGACUUCAACAGCUGUGCUUCCAACGGUGGUGGCUCCGAUUUCAGCAACGAGAACUCAGUCACCGGUGAUCAGCCCGACAGUAACACACUCUGAGGUGGCACAUGGGCGACCGGCCCUGACUAUUCACCCCCCUCCUGCUACCGUCAGCAUUCAGAGGCCUCAGACGUCCCGCGACACUGCCACGCGGAUAACUCUGCCCUCACACCCUGCAAUAGGAGCCCAAAAGCCCCAGCCUCCACACACCAUGACACAGAAGCCCAUUUUUAGCACUGUGACACCGGUGGCUGCAGCAACUGUGGCACCAAUUGUUGCCACUAACACUGUGCCAUCAACAACUGGAAUAGGUACUGUGCCACAUACUCAAAUGACUAAUAACACUAUAGUCACCAUGACGAUGGCGUCACACUCUUCUCAUGCAACAGCAGUGACCACCUCUACCAUCCCUGUUGCUAAGGUGGUCCCUCAGCCCAUCGCCCAUUCUUCAUCCCGCGUUCAGCCCGACUACCCAGGAGAACGAGCCAAUCUCAUCCCCAUACCGGGUCACAGGUCUUCUCCUAAUCCCGUCACCAUGGAAACCAGAAGUGACAACAGGCCGUCUGUACCAGUUCAGUUCCAGUAUUUUCUACCAGCGUACUCCUCGUCAUACCCGCUGACACACACUUACACCCCCAUAAGUAGCUCCGUCUCCACUAUCCGCCAGUACCCAGUGACUCCUCAAGCCCCGAGUUCAGCCCUGCCCACCCAGGCUGGAGUGGGCGUGGCCACCACUGUCCACCUGAACCACAUGCAGCUGAUGGCCGUGGAUCGGAUUGGUCUGCCAUCAGCGCAAAUCAGCACCCAGGGGAUCCAACCAGCACCCAUUGCUGCGCAGGGCAUCCAGCCUGCACAGAUAGGUGUCCAGGGCCUGCACACGUCUGCGCCGAUAGCAACGCAAGGACUACAACAGGCCCCGAUAGUUACACAGCAGCAACAGCAGCCACAGCCUGAAGCAAAACCAGGGGUUGUAUUGGCCGACGGGUUUGUGGCGAGCCCCAUCAGCAGCACUUUCGGCACAACGCAGCCAGUGGCUACGAUGGUGCAGGCCCACACUCAGGGAGGAGUAGGGGGAGCUCCCACGCUGGUCUCCUCCCCCAGACCCAGCAUCCUCCGCAAGAAGCCUGCUAAUGAAACGUGUGUCCGUAAGAACCUGAUCCCUGCCCAGCCCAGCGAGUCCAGCAGUGGCAGAAUGGAGAGUAGUGUGAGAGGAGCAGGGUCUCCCCGACCUGCAGGUGUAAAACCCAAAGCCGAGGUGCACAUGGCGAUGACCCCUCCGGUGAUGGCGGCUGUAGAAGCGUUGCCUGCUCAGGGAGGAGAGCAGCAGAACGUGGCCUCAAACCCUCAGCAUCUGGCCCAGGGCAUCCCAACGGUGCUGGCCAGCCCCGGACCGGUUCCUCCCUCCCAGGCCUCCACCGUCCUCUCAUCCCUGCCCUCAGCCAUGGCCGUCACCCCCCCUGUUCCUGCUUCCAUGGCCAACACCGUGGCGUCCCCCACUCAGCCUGCGGCGAGUAGCACCGCAGCGUGUGCUGCCAGCUCCACCUGCCCCGACGUGAAAAUCAAGCAGGAAGCAGAGGCCAUGGACACUUCUCAGCCAGAUCCCAAUGCAAAUAUAUCCUCGGCACAGAAUCUCCCCACCCAGCCCUCCACGCUGAACCCUCCCGCCACGGGAGAUCUGAUUCCAGGAGCCUCCCCGAGGAAGAAGCCCCGAAAACAGCAGCAUAUCAUCUCAACGGAGGAGAGUGAGAUGGUGGAAACCAACAGCACUGAUGAGGAGAAGGUCCUCGGCAGGCCCAUCACCGGCAGGGCAGAGCGACGCGAAUCUCCACCAAAGGAAUACAUCGAUGAAGAUGGGGUGAGAUAUUUGCCCGUCAGGCCUCGCCCACCCGUUACCCUCUUGCGGCACUAUCGCAACCCUUGGAAAGCUGCUUACCACCACUUCCAGAGAUACAGCGACAUCCGGGUCAAAGAGGAGAAGAAAGGAAACUUACAGGACAUGGCCAAUCAGAGGGGGGUGGCGUGUCGAGCACAAGGCUGGAAAAUUCACCUGUGUGCUGCUCAGCUCAGACAGCUGUCUAAUCUGGAGCAUGACGUGUACAGCCGCCUCUCCACUCUCCAGGAGGGCUUGAUCCCAAAGAAGAGGGCGGGUGCAGACGAUGACCUUCAUCGAAUCAACGAGCUCAUACAGGGUAACAUGCAGCGCUGCAAGCUGGUGAUGGACCAGGUGACCGAGGCCAGAGACACCAUGAUGAAAGUGCUCGACCACAAGGAGAAGGUGUUGAAGCUGCUCAACAAGAACGGCGCCGUCAAGAAGUCCUCCAAACUGAAGCGUAAAGAACGCGCAUAAGUGUGACUUUCUCAUCAGACAAACCACCUCUGGCCCCUUCCUGAGGGGGUGAAGCAGCUGCUCUUAUUUUGGUGCUAUGAUUUGCUGCAUACAAUCGUGCGCACCCUCCCAACUGCCUGAGAGAUGUGACGGGGAGGAUUCAACAAGCUGAGACUCCCGUCCAGAACAGGCUCUUUAAAAACAAAAACAGACACAAUGCAGGCAUGAGUGUGGAGCGAAUAAGGCUGCAUUCAUGUGGCCAACCGAAUGAUCGAACCCCCCUGCCCCCUUUUUAUUAUUUUAUUUUCUAUGGUCAUUUUAGUGACUGAGAUUCUGCCUCUUCUCUUUGGACCAUUUGAAAGUGACUGAUUUUGAAUCUCUUGCACUAAAUGCAGGUGAAGUGAAUCUGAAACUGAGCGUGUCCUGUAAGAGACGAAUGAGUGAUGGACUGACCGUGUGUAUACAGACUAAUCUCAGUUGUGCUCUUUGCAUCAGUCUGUGCCUUUUUAUUUUGUGAGAGUACAUGAAAACAAUAUUCCAAGUUUAAAAUGUUUUUUCCCCCUAUGUGGCACAUUGUUAACUUUAUCAGCCACAUGUUUAGGAGUAAUUAAUCACUUCAGUGGGUUAGCCAGAGAACCUGAAAGUGAUCAUUUUUUUUAAUUGGUUUAUUGUAGGAAAAAAAAUGCUCUAAAAGGAGAACUAGUCUUUAGAUGUGAAAGUGGGAAUGCCAAGUUGAUGUUGAACUUCUAUCUUUAACCCACUUAAACAGAUGUUUUGAUGGUGAUACACUGCUUUGACUCUGACCGAAGGUACCGCGCUCGACACAAACGGGGAGACUAUAUUUGUAUAAUCACAAUGACGGACUGAAUUAAUGUAAAUCACUGUAAAUGUGCGUUUGGUUUCCAUUGACCUGGGUCUGGUUCUUUUCAAGUUUUGUACUCGAUGUAACAACCUGUGCUGCGUGUGCCGUGCCGCUUCGUGCUGCAUCGUGUAACGAUUAUAACUGAGCAGGAUGAAGUGAGCCUGAAACGUCUAGUUAUUGUAUAUUGUUUUUGUCUGUGUAAUUAUAGUAAAGAUACUGAAAGAUUA